AUGUCCUAUAGAAAAUUUAUUGAGAAGAUCCCUGUAGCAAGGAAUAGAUUAAUUAAUAUAUGCUCAGAUGGAAUUUGGCUUGGCAGUCAACUCCUAUGGAUAGGAGUUACGAGUAUCUUAACUCUAGCUGUCCCUGUCCUAUUUCACUAUGAGAAAGAGUGCCAAAUGUUCGAGCUACAUGCUCAAAUGAUUCAGGCACAGUCAAAUAUCAAUUCAAAUAUUUCUCAAUAA